AUGGCCAAGAUCUCUCGUGGUGCCCCGGGCGGUAAGCUCAAGAUGACCCUCGGUCUGCCUGUCGGCGCUAUCAUGAACUGCUGCGACAACUCCGGUGCCCGAAACCUCUACAUCAUCUCCGUCAAGGGUAUCGGUGCCCGCCUGAACCGUAUGCCCGCUGGUGGUGUAGGUGACAUGGUGAUGGCCACAGUCAAGAAGGGAAAGCCCGAGCUCCGAAAGAAGGUCCACCCCGCCGUUAUCGUCAGGCAGUCCAAGCCAUGGAAGCGAACUGACGGUGUCUUCCUGUACUUCGAGGACAACGCCGGUGUUAUCGUCAACGCCAAGGGUGAGAUGAAGGGUUCGGCCAUCACUGGCCCUGUUGGUAAGGAAGCUGCUGAGCUGUGGCCCCGUAUUGCCAGCAACUCUGGUGUCGUCAUGUAG